AUGUCACAAACACUAUUAGUUAGAUCCACAAAAAUCAGAACUACAUCCUUGUAUAGGUCAUUAUCAUUGGCAUCGAGACAUUAUUCGAACCAAACAUUAAAAGAUAAAUUCUCUGAACAAAUACCAUCAAAGAUUGAAGAGAUUAAGACUUUCAAAAAGGAGUAUGGGAAGACUGUAAUCGACAAAGUUACAUUAGAACAAGCAUAUGGUGGUAUGAGGGGUAUUAAGAGUAUGGUUUGGGAGGGGUCAGUACUGGAUCCUGAAGAAGGUAUAAGGUUUAGGGGUUAUACUAUUCCAGAGAUAAGGAAAUUGUUACCAAAAGUAGAAGGUUCAGCAGAACCUGUACCAGAAGGUUUAUUUUGGUUACUACUAACUGGCGAAAUUCCUAGCUUAGAACAAGUGAAAGCAUUAUCAAAUGAUAUUGCCUCCAGAUCAGAAUUACCAGAUCAUGUCGUUCAAAUGUUAGAUAAUUUGCCCAGAGAUUUACAUCCUAUGGCUCAAUUAUCUAUGGCCGUGACAGCAUUAGAAAGUGAAUCAAAAUUUGCUAAAGCUUACGCACAAGGCGUCAAUAAGAAGGAUUAUUGGAGCUAUACUUUUGAAGAUUCAUUGGACUUACUUGGUAAAUUACCUAUAAUUGCAUCCAAGAUUUAUCGUAACGUGUUUAAAGACGGCAGGGUAGGUACCAUGGAUACAAAUUUUGAUUAUAGUAAGAAUUUGUCACAUUUGAUGGGAUAUACCAAUAAUGACUUUAUUGAAUUGAUGAGAUUAUAUUUGACGAUUCAUUCUGACCAUGAGGGCGGGAAUGUUUCUGCACAUACGACACAUUUAGUUGGUAGCUCAUUAGCGUCACCUUAUCUUUCGCUUGCUGCUGGAUUAAACGGUCUUGCGGGGCCACUACAUGGUCGUGCCAAUCAAGAGGUAUUGGAAUGGUUAUUUAAACUAAGAGAGGAAGUGAAUGGAGAUUAUACUAAGGAAACCAUUGAAAAAUAUCUUUGGGAUACAUUGAACUCCGGUAGAGUGAUUCCUGGUUACGGACAUGCCGUAUUGAGAAAGACAGAUCCUAGAUAUAUGGCACAACGUGAUUUUGCACAGAAGCAUUUCCCAGACUACGAAUUAUUUAAGUUAGUUUCCACAUUAUACGAAGUUGCACCAAAAGUAUUGAUGAAACAUGGUAAGACUAAGAAUCCAUGGCCAAAUGUAGAUUCGCAUUCCGGUAUUUUAUUACAAUAUUAUGGAUUGACAGAAUCAUCAUUCUAUACGGUGCUAUUUGGUGUUGCAAGAGCUUUUGGUGUACUACCACAAUUAAUUAUAGACAGGGCAGUGGGCGCUCCUAUCGAGAGACCUAAGUCUUUAUCGACUGAGAAGUACAAAGCUCUAGUCAGGACAAUUGGAAAUCAAUGA